GGGUCACGGGCUCACGGGUGCAGACGACUCGUGGACAGUACGGGGACUGCACGCUCACAUCAGCACUCCAGCGAAAGUUACAGUUGGAUAAUCUUGUGGUGUCGUCUGUUAUAGGUCUAUACAACAUGGAGGGUAAUGGUCACGCCAAGGACAAAAAUCUCUUGAGAAUUGGUUCAAGGGAUAGUGAGUUGGCGAUGAAGCAGACUUACAUGGUGAGAGAUGCACUGCAGAAAGCAAAUCCUCAUCUGAAGUUUGACAUUGUGUCUAUGAAGACUAAGGGAGAUAAGAUCCUGAAUAUGGCUUUGUCAAAGAUUGGGAGCAAGAGCCUAUUUACCAAGGAGUUGGAGGUGGCCUUAGAGGAGGGGGUGGUGGACAUUGUGGUGCACUCUCUCAAGGAUCUACCUACAAUAUUACCAGAAGGUAUGGUAAUAGGGGCAGUAUCAGAACGUGAGGACCCUAGAGAUGCUGUUAUCAUGCACCCCAAGUAUGCAGAGUGUACCUUGGCUUCCCUGCCUAAGGGUUCUGUUAUAGGAACAAGUUCCUUAAGACGCAGUGCCCAGCUGAAGCGCAGGUACCCGAACUUGAGGUUUGAGAGUGUGCGUGGAAAUUUGAACACACGUUUACGGAAGCUGGAUAGUGCAGAUGAUUAUGCUGCUCUUAUUUUGGCUGCUGCUGGAGUGGUCAGGAUGGGCUGGAAGGACAGAAUCUCACAGUAUCUAGGUGAUGACCUAUGCAUGUAUGCAGUGGGUCAAGGGGCUCUAGCAGUUGAAUGUCGGGAAGGAGACUCGGACACUUUGGAUCUGUUAGCUCACAUAGCAGACCCCAAUACGACUAUUGCUGCUGUUGCAGAGAGGGGUUUCAUGCGCACAUUAGAAGGAGGAUGUUCUGCCCCUGUGGCUGUGCACACUAAGGUGACAGAGGACAGUGUGAGCCUCAAAGGUGGAGUGUGGAGUCUUGAUGGUUCAGAGGAGCUCUUGGACACCAUGUCCACUUCCUCUCAGAAUCCUGAUGCCUCUCCAGAGUCCACACAACCACCAGAAAAGGUAGCAAAGACCUCCAUCAACUUCUGUGGGAUAGUUAUUCUUUCUGAGCACAAGGAUUUCAUGACCCAAGCACACCAGCUUGGGGUCUCUCUGGCUCAGAGACUGCUAGAUAAGGGAGCAGACAGGAUUCUAAAAGCUGCCAAGGCUCAAAAUGUUAUUAAUGUACCACCAGUUACUUCUUCCACAUCUGCUAUUAGUUUAGAGGAGAAAGAAGCUGAAGCAGUUAAUGGUUCAUAGAAUUCAUUGUUGUAUAAUUUGUUGUAUAUGUACAGUAUAUUGAGCAUUCUGUCAAUUUAUUUGGUGAAAAAGGUUCGUGUAGUGAUAUGUGUGUGUCAGCUGUUUUAGUGAAUGUCUCUUUAUUGUUAGAAAACAUAUUUUUUCCUGUGAAAUUGUAAUGGAAUUUUAGGCAUGCAGUAAUAAUACAGUAUCUCCGUUAGCUGAAAUCACUCUCAAUAGGAGCUUUCCGAUAGCCAAAAUUGAAAUCUGCUCAUAAUUUUCGGGAAAAUACGGGGUUUGGGAAUGAUUUCCUGAUCCCCGGAAAAUUCCUUUUAUUUUUUUUCCCAGGCCCAUUUUCCGGAAAUUCACCCCAAAAAAUUCUGGUAUCCGGAAAAAAUCUGGGGACGAGGGAAUUAUUCAUGGUUUGAGAGAUGGAAUGAUGUGUCAUUCUGGAAAAUUCCAGGGAUGGCGGAUUUUUUCCGCGUUUGAGAGAGUCGUCUCAUUACCCAAAGAUUACUCACUCUCAGAAGUGCUCUGCGCCAAUUGUUCCAGCUAACGGAGAUAUCACUGUAUAUUGUACUGAUGUUGGUAACAUAAUAUAAAUAUCAGGACUUUUUACAGUUUAUUUCAAUAAGUUCCCAUAGUUCAUUAUCUUUCUAAAGUAGUAGUGCCUUUUGGUAGGGAUGAAUAAUGGUGUGUGUACAGUAUAUCUACAUUUCAUUAAGAUUAUCACUUGGUCUCUACACCAUUCACAAGUGAAUCAGUGUAAUCACUCAGACUGAAAUGGCUGAGGAAGGAGGGAUAGUCAGUGGUACUGUUCGUCUCAAGACAAAUAGCUUGUCCAUAGUAAAUAAGGUUGUGCUGGAUGCAUUGUAACUGAACUUUAUAGUACAGUACAGUUAUAUACGCUGUCUAUUUUGAUGCACGUUAGAGGUGCUUAACAAUUCCGUAGAGGGCUUCAGUUUUUAAAUUUGAACAAGUUUAUGAAUUAUUGUCGGUACUUUUUAAUACUUUAAGAAUAGCAUUGUGUAGCAUUGAACCAUUUAUAUGUACUAUCUCUUUGAAAAUUUGACAUUUAUUAAUUGAAAUAACAUAGCAAAGCUGUUAACUGGAAUCUAUUAGAUUUCAUAUGAAAAUACUGUACUGACUUUAUGAAAGUGGUAAACCAACACACACAUGGAAAAUGACCAUAAACGCUGAUGAUGGUGAGGACUUUUGGGACAUAAAGUUGACAGUUAAAGUACACUUUUAACUCACAUCAUUGAGAAAUGAAGAAAAUUUGCUUCAUUAAAAUGGUAAAAUUUUAUUAGAGCUGGAACUAUUUAGAGAAAAUGGGAAUUAGUUGAGAAUAUGAUUUCUUAAUGAAUUGUAAUUGAACAGUAUUACAGUUAGCACAAGUUUCUUUUGGUAAUUUGUGCCUUAUAAUUUUUGAUAAGCAUUGUUUCCAGUAAGGUAAUGUAUUGUAUUGCACUAAUGCAUUAUUUUAUUGUAUUUAUUUAAGUGAGGGGGCAGUAGGCAAUAUUUUGUUGAAAAGAUGUGUAUAUGGUUGAACUAUAAAAGAUCCAGUGAUUUAUAGUGAACUUUGAUUAUUGUUCUUAAAAGUUAUCAACAAUGUAAGUCCAGGUUCAUGAGAUAUUGUUUGUUUUUCUCGAACAGAUCAAAGAAAGAAUUCCAUUACGAGUCUCAGUGCAAUAUUGUACAGUACAGUACUAACACUAGUUUGCACGCUUUCUGCCUUACCUAGGUGAGCCAGAUGGAUAUGUUCUUCACUUGGCAGUUCAGGGAAAAUCAACAUAUUAACCUUACAUAUUUUUUGCAAUUGCUGGAGAAAUAUGGUUUAUAAACUAAUUCAGCAGAGUUUAUGUGUAUCUGAUAUUCCAUUAUCAUUUGUGGGACAAUAUAAAUGCUUUCUAGAUUGAAAUGCAAUUACAGUAGUGAUAUUUAGUAUUUUUUCUCAGAUGGGUAUUUUGGAAUCUUGCAUCAAGUUUGGCAGUUUUGUAUGAAGAAUACUUUUACUGCAUUGUGUAAUUAUGCUUCUCUUGACCUGAUGGCUGUGUCAGACCCCAAUUGGGGCAGUAAUUAUUAAACUGUCUCAGUCCCCUGGCAGGGCACAAGCAAUGCAUUUCAUAUUUCCUCUUCCGGUGUUUCUCUCCCGCUGACACUGAAAUAACUCAUUACAUCUAUAUUAAGCCAUGCUACUGUAUUAGGAGACUUUCCUUAUCUACUCAGAUAUAGCCAAUGAACAAACUGCUUUUUGUACAAGUGGACAAGACUUGUACAUUGGGUGGAGUAAUAGCUUCAUUUUACAUUGAAUUAUGGUGCUUGGUAACAUAAAACAGGUAUGAUAACACGAGAAUAUUUAGAAAAUAUAAUAAGUAUAAAUUAUUAUACCUGUACCUGUAAAUGCAUGGCACUGUUCUUGUGUGUAUGUAAUAAUGUAUCAGAUACAGUGUCACCUGGAGCAUCCAUGAAAUGAGUGAGUCACUUGGGGAGGUAUAACUUAAUAAUUGUAAUAUGAAUAUUGUAGUGUGUUGUAAUUACACAUGUUGUUUUUGUGCAAUUUUAAUGUCAUAUAUGAUGGCUUUGUCUAUUUUGUCCACAAGAGUCCGAGGAAACUAGAGAUGUAGCUUUGAUUUUAGUCCAAUUUAUGGUGCUAAAUUACUUGACAUAGGUAUGAUAUUAAUUUGAUGUUUAUAAAAUACAAUAAAUGCAUAUAAAUGUUUGACAUUUGAAUGUACUGUAUAUAAAUUUAGCAUCAUAUACAAUGGCAUCCCCUGGGUCAAGUCUGAAUUAAUAUGUUGACAGUUCCUGCAAGUGAAUUUGAAGAAUGUGUAUGUCCCCACAGAUUGAGAACUUGAAUACAGUAAAGACAAAUAAUGGUAGUGCUACAGGCAGGCCAUAUCAAGUUUAAAAAUGCUGCAUUAUACCCACUGUGCUAUCAUUAUUAUUACAAGAAUAACCAAAUAUUGUAGUGGGUACCAGUAAGUGUUCAGACUUUCUACUUAAUAUUUAAUACAGUUUCCUAAUAAUAUAAUUUCAUGUUAUAAAAUGUUAAUGAUGCUAUAAAAUGAGCUUGAAACUUUGAUGCUACCCACUUCUUCCUUUGUGAGGAGAGAUGGAAGUGAAGAGAUUUUUUUUAAUGCAACUGGGGGGUAAAUGAUGAAAUUCCUUAAUGUAUAAGCUAUGUAAGAGUAUUAUUGUAAUGAAAGUAAUAUGAUUUUAAAUUCAUGCCUACAAGCCUUUUUGUGCUGUGCUAUUGUAUAUACAGGUAUAUUUUUUACACUGUACAGUACUGUAUGUGAUAUUAGAAUUUAUUUAUGGGGUCAAAGACUUCAUGAGAUUUUUUACAUUUUAAUUAAUGCACCAAAUAUUGCCAUCUUUUGGUAUAUAGUGAACUGCCUUUGUACUGUCCCUAGAGCAUACUGUACAGUAUAUGGGAAAUAUACAUUGUGUUUUUUUGUUUAAACAUACUGUAGUUUCGAGUAAUUCUGCUUAAAUUUGCAUGUCAUUUGACUACUUUGGAGAUAAACCACUCCAUAAUUAAGGCACAAUUAGGAAAACUAAAGAAAAAUGUCCAAUUUUAAUGAUUUACCUUGAAGUUGUGAGGUAUGGAAAAAUAGUUUCUUCUAUUAUCAUGGUUAGGGAGAUUCAAAUCAAUCUGUUGAAACUCUUGCACAUACUACAGUACAGUAUAUACAAGACGAGCUAUACCUUCUUUUAGUUGUUGGCUAAAUAGACCAUUCAGAUUGGGACCCUUUUGUCCAGGCAGUUCUUCUUUCAAGUCCUUAGCUUAAUGAAAAUGGAUAAUUUUAGCUUAAUUUGGAAUAUUUUAAUUUGCAUAGAAAAGCAAAUUCAUAGCUUCACAUGAUUACCAAUGAUGCCAUUGUCAGUUUUUUCUGAUGAUAAUUUAUGACCUGAUACCCAUAAUUCUGUCAUGAAUGUGUUCAGGCCUGUGUUAUGAUUCAAAGAGAACACGGUAGUUUUCCAAAUUACUUUUUUAUUAGUUAAUUUUUAGGUUGUUACUUAUUGGCUAAUUAUAUCAGACAAAGCUUUUUGUUUUUAUUGUGUUUUUGUUGUAAAUAUAAAAAAAAGUGCACUAUGCUAGUACUAUUUUUACUCACCUGAACUGUUUGCAGUACAUGGUGAAUGCAGCUUUUCCAACAAAA